UUUAGUGUUGGCAGCCGACCGGCGCUUCAAAGUAAAGGAAGGACACCGGAAGUCUAUCAGCAGACACUGUUGAGCAGCAGUACGAUCGGCUCUCUGGUGAACAUGGGUAAACACUUCGGAGACUUGGCCAAGAUCAGGCAUGUGAUCACAUACAGUCUGUCCCCCUUUGAGCAGAGGGCUUUCCCCAACUACUUCUCCAAGGGAAUCCCCAACGUGUGGAGAAGGUUCACAGCCUCUUUCUUCAAAGUUGCCCCUCCGAUGGCUCUCAUGUACCUGACAUACACCUGGGGCAACAGUGUCCAUCAGCAGGGCAAGAGGAAGAACCCUGCUCAGUAUGAAAAUGAUGAAUGAGCUCCUGCCACUUUCCUGAAAGCUGCCCUCUCUGUUAUUAAAUCCAACUCUGUAUGUUUCACCAAUAAAGAUUUAAAUAUGUA